UCCGACCAGGGCCAGCUGUUCGAGUCCUUCAACAUGGCGGCGCUGUGGAAGCUGCCGUGCAUCUUCAUCUGCGAGAACAACAAGUACGGCAUGGGGACGUCUGUGGAGAGAGCGUCGGCCAGCACCGACUACUACAAGAGAGGAGACUUCAUCCCGGGAAUCAGAGUGGACGGGAUGGACGUCCUGUGCGUCCGGGAGGCCACCAAGUUUGCUGCAGAUCACUGCAGAUCCGGGAAGGGUCCCAUUGUAAUGGAGCUGCAGACGUACCGUUACCAUGGACACAGCAUGAGUGACCCCGGUGUCAGCUACCGCACUCGUGACGAGAUUCAGGAGGUUCGCAGUAAGAGCGACCCCAUCACCAUGCUCAAAGAGCGCAUGCUCAGCAACAACAUGGCGUCUGUGGAGGAGUUCAAGGUGAGCGCACAAAACAUUCGACA